AUGAUGCGAACAGUGUCACUUGCCCCUGGUAAGGGGCUUUAUAAGGGGAGUAAUUCCUUUGUGUAUUUCAUCUUCACUCGCAAUACCUUUCAGCCUACCAUCAGGAGCAUGUCCCGGCUGAGCGGAAGGUCUGACUUCACAGAUCAUCUGCAGCCCAGCCAGCCAGAUGGCCCGGAGCUUCUAGCCAGGAAACGGGCCCAGUCUCAUAUUUCUGUCGAUGAAUUGGCACGUCAUUUACUGGACCAGGAUGGGUAUCUUGAACGCCAAGCUCGGGUUUUACGCAUCGUGGAGAAGGAACCACUCUUUGAUAAGAAGCGCCAGGCAAACCUAUCGCGAGAGGACCUCUUUAAGCUUGCGUUGGCACGAGCAAAGCUGUUGCGUCGCUUCGUCGAUAAGUAUGGGUGGGACACUGAUGAUUAUAAGAUGGCCGAGACGCUGGUUGACGACGUCUCGCCCUACUAUCUGCAUCUGCAUAUGUUUAUCACCACCAUCCGUGAGCAGGCCAGUGAUGCGCAGCAGGCCUACUGGCUACCCCUGAUUGAGUCCUUCAAGAUCAUCGGGGCCUAUGCGCAAACGGAACUGGGCCACGGAAGUAACAUCCAGGGCUUGGAGUUACAGGCGCGCUGGGAUCCCGGGAGCAAAGAGUUCAUUCUUCACAGCCCGACGUUAACCGCCAGCAAAUGGUGGAAUGGUAGUCUGGGACGUACAGCGAACCACGCCAUUGUGGUGGCUCAGCUUCUCGUCCCUAAUUCUGGAGGUGAAUAUGAAAGUCAUGGUCCUCACCCAUUCAUUGUGCAAGUUCGGGAUAUGCGAACCCACCAGCCACGGAAAGGGGUUGUGAUCGGUGAUAUUGGACCCAAGUUCGGAUACGCCACCAUCGACAAUGCAUACAUGUUAUUUGAUCAGUUCCGUCGAGUUUUGCUGACCACGUCGACCGCCAGAAUACCGCAUUCGGCAUUGCUGUCGCGCUAUGCCAAGCUCGACCCGGACAGCGGACAGUUCUCAAAGCCGGCUGUGCCUGCCGUUGUUUAUGGUACGAUGACAUACGUCCGGUCUCUGAUUGUUCUCCAGUCCAGAAUGGCCCUCGCUCGUGCAGUUACUAUAGCGGUCUGCUACACCACGGUUCGGCGGCAGUCCAGAGACCGUGAUGACCCUAAGGGCCCGGAGGUGGCAGUGUUGGAGUAUCCCACAGUACAAAUACGUAUUCUCCCUCUGUUAGCCACUACAUAUGUGCUACAUUAUGCUGGGCUGGCUAUGCAACGGACCUACCGAAAAGCGCGGGACCAAAUCCAAGCGGGGGACUUUAGUGGAUUGGCCCACAUGCACAGCCUGUCAUCGGGGCUCAAAAGCUUUUGUACUGAAAUUGUCGCCGACGGGAUCGAAACCUGUCGCCGGGCACUAGGAGGUCAUGGCUAUGGUGGUGCCAGCGGUUUUAUUCGGCUAUCCCCAGAUUACCUCUCCCGUGUCACCGUGGAGGGGGAUAAUUGGAUGAUUACCCAGCAGGUGGCUGCCUACCUUAUAAAGCGGAUGCAGGCAGCUGUUGCAGAUAUCGACAGUGCGGCAGGUAACGAGACUGAAGACUCGUAUAAGGAGUUCCUCAGGGCCAACAGGAAUGGAGUCAAUCUAGAGCCGUAUAGGGUCUUCGACGAUGACUCUAACAUUGUCAGGAGCUUCCACCGCCGAACAACCGCCUUGCUUUAUGAUCUUUAUGUGGAACGCGUCACCAAGAAGAGGGCGUGGACUAGUCUCAUGACUCAGCUGCACCGACUUAGUCAGGCCCAGUCCCUUACUCUCCUAGUCGAAAUAUUCCACGAUACCCUGCAAAAUGAUCAAUCAUUGCCCCAACAGGCGAAGGACACGCUGCGUGAUCUGUACCAUCUAUUCGCUUUCUUUCAUAUGGAAACACAGGCCUACGACUUUUUCCGUUGCGGGGCGGUUUCGCAACGCGAUCUCGAUGAGCUACCGAACCGCGUGCGACACCUGAUGGCUCGGAUUGAGCCUCAUGCCGUCGCCCUGGUCGACGCAUGGAAAAUCCCUGAUUAUCUCCUGGACAGGUGA